GCCAGGCGUCGUUUUCAAAGCUAGUUAACGGCCGUUGUCUUGGUGCUGUGUCUCUGAACUUGUAAACACGACUUCUGCUAAUAAACUUUGCCGUUUAUUUCAGCACAAUGGAUUCACUAUAACCGGUCCUCGUGCAGAUUGUACACUACCUCCUUGACUUGAAGCUGAAAAUAUUAUGGACAGUCUGGAUUUCUCAGAAGAGGAAAUUCAAGAACAGCUGGCGAUCCUUGGCUACAAAAACAUACCAAAACACAGGCUGCGUGAAUUCAAGCAAGAUCUUGAUGGACUGAUUCGACAUGGAGAAUGGAAAACCUUUGCGUCAUCCAACCAGAUAAACUCCACCCAAACUCAUCCAGCCCUAUCUCAGCCAAGUCCUCCUGCCUACACCAAAGAAAAAGUUAGUCAGUGUAACUUCAAAGACUCUGGUCAGGGGUUUUUCCUACAUGCAGACCAUGAGAGACAGGUGCUCACCACCUGUCAGAACAGGGACUAUGGACGGCAGCAGAGACACUGUGACUCGUACGCUCAACACUCGUUGGCUCCAAAUCUCCAGCCGCCUCCAGGGGCUCCCACCAGGCUGCAGGUGGAGCCGGACCCUGAGGACACGCUCCACCCGCCGUUCACAGACAGCUACACAUCAUCCCCAGACACCCAGGGGAGACGCUUCAUAAAGAGGAAAGUCCUCAGGAAACAUAAAGGACAAACUCUUGUCUGUGAUGAAUCAAUCUACAGUGAAGACUCAGACGCGGCGAGCUGUCUGGAGGAUCGAUUGGCGGAGCUUCAUCUGUCCACGUCCCCUCGUCACGACUCUGAGACGGAGAACGAAGACGUGACCAGUCAGAGCGACUCACGCAGCUCUGAGCCGGACGGGAUCUCGCUGACCGCUUUCGAAUCCUACAUCAGAGGCAUGACUCGAUCUCAAAGUGAUGGUGACCUUAGGCCCAAACCCAAAUCCUUCAUCCGACCAGUGAUGAGUCAGCAAACCAUAAAGAAAACUGACCCAGUGGCUAAGUAUUUCCAGUACAAGCAGCUCUGGGAAAUGUUCAAACUCCCUGGAGAGAAGGACAGGAGAGCGCUCCGCUUGGAGAUGAAGGAACGUCUUGCAUACCAGCCUCCACCACCGAAACCUCGGAGAGUUUAUGUGCCAAACACCUACAUUGUGCCAACGGAGAAGAAACGCUCUGCGCUCCGCUGGGAGAUCAGGAACGAUUUAGCAAAUGGCCUCCUCCCUCACAAAUUCACUUAUCGAUUUUAGGCCUUUUGCUAUCCUUAUGCCUUUUUAGACACUUUUAAUAAAACUUUACAUUGUGUUUUUUUAUCAUUGGCAUUAUUUAUUAAUUACUUUUGUUGUGAAACACAAUAAACACAUUAAGAAAACAACUGGCUCACUGCAGUGAAUGAAUAUAUUACAGGUAAUAUCACGUCAUUUAUGGGAAGUCAGAGUAGGGCAGUUUAAACGGGUACAGAGGUGUAUAACGCUGAUCAUGCCAGAGCAGCUUGUCUUCAAGAAACCGGACAGUGUCCAGAGUGAGGACGACAGCUUCAUGUUUCAGCAUGCUGUGGACAUUCAG